CCAAUGCUGCGGCGCUGAGAGCCGUGCCUGCUGGAGCAGGGCAGAGAGGAGCGUUUCUCUGAGGGAGAAGUUGGCUGGAGGUGCUGAAGAUGGCGGAUGGAGACAGCGGGAGCGAGCGCGGGGGCCUCCAGCACUUCCAGCGGGAGCAGGAGACCCAGGAGCUGGCGUCCAAGCGCCUGGACAUCCAGAACAAGCGCUUCUACCUGGAUGUCAAGCAGAACGCGAAGGGCCGCUUCAUUAAGAUAGCGGAGGUGGGCGCGGGGGGCUCCAAGAGCCGCCUGACUCUUUCCAUGUCCGUGGCGGCCGAGUUCCGCGACUACCUCGGGGAUUUCAUCGAGCAUUACGCCCAGCUGGGGCCGAGCAGCCCGGAGCAGAUCGCGCAGUCGUCCGCCGGCGAUGACGGAGGCCCGCGGCGGGCGUUGAAGAGCGAGUUCUUGGUACGCGAGAACCGCAAAUACUACCUCGACUUGAAGGAGAACCAGCGCGGGAGGUUCCUGCGCAUCCGCCAGACCGUCAACCGAGGUCCCGGCUUCGGCGGAGGCGGAGGAGGGGCCGGUCCCGGCGGCAGCGUGCAGACCGGCCAAACCAUCGCGCUGCCGGCGCAGGGCUUGAUCGAGUUCCGAGACGCGCUCGCCAAGCUCAUCGACGACUACGGCGGGGAGGACGAGGAGCUUAGUGGGGGGCCCGGGGCCGCGGGGGGCUACGGCGAGCUCCCCGAGGGCACCUCCAUCAUGGUGGACUCCAAGAGGUUCUUCUUCGACGUGGGCUCCAACAAGUACGGCGUGUUCCUGAGGGUCAGCGAGGUCAAGCCCAGUUACAGGAACUCCAUCACCAUCCCCUUCAAGGCCUGGGGGAAGUUCGGAGGAGCCUUCUGCCGCUACGCCGAGGAGAUGAAGGAGAUCCAGGAGAGACAACGGGAUAAGAUGUACGAGAGGAGAGAGGAGUCCGAGGGCGAGGACGUGGAUGACGACUGACCCCAGGAGAUGUGUGAAACAAUAAGUGCAUGAACUGAACUCAAAUAGCCUACUAAAAUAGUCAUCGGACAGAAAAAUAGAUCUGUGAAGUUUCUAUGUGGUGAGGGUUUGGAGGAUGUCCAAAGGAUGUCUCAUGGGGUUUGAUUUAUUCCUGAUGCUGCCCUGUCCUGUGAAACCAGCAAGUUUAAUUGUCUUAGCUCACAAUUAAACUUUUGUUACAUCAACGCCAAGGCUGCUGAAUUUCCAAAGCGGCACGUAUAUGAUAAAACCAGGCUAUAUAUAUAAACUAUAUAUAGCGUCACUGGUCUUCAUGGUGUGUUUCCUACCAAGGCAGCAUGGGACUUUCUAAACGUAUAUCAGAAGUUUUGUUCCCAGAUUAUUUUUCCCCUUUUAUAGACAGAUGUUCCCUAAGAUGUUCCCUUUUUUGUUCUUGCAUCAACAUGACUUUUAUGGUUUGGCCAAUUUGAUUGAGCAUUGAAAAGUUUUAAAUUCAGAUUUGGAGCAUUUUGACCCCCUGGUUUUGAGUUUGUGUCUCGGCUGUUCAUGGCGAGACUUUUUAAAGUCAUAAUCUGACUUUAUUACAGGCAUUAUUGAUGAAAAUGGUUGCUUUGCGCACAUCCUUCCACCGGUGCUAUAAAGUGAUGGUGAUAUAUUUUGGUUUUGGGGUCAACAUACAAAAAGCUCAGUCUUUUUCCGACUUGGGUCCAAGUCCCCUCUGAAUAUUUAAGGACAGAUUGCUUAAGUCAAUAGAUGCGUGAUAUUAGUUAAUAUAAAGGACAGAGCUACGUGGGCGAGUGUAUUUUCACCCCGUCCCCUUUUGCGUUGUCUUUUUUUUUAUUUUUUAUGUGAGAUUGUUCUUUAUCAGAGAAUACGAAAACAAACCAGCAUAUUUUUGAAUACACAAAGUAAAAAUUAUAUAUAAACUGCAGAAUAAUUAAAGCUCAAGAAGCUAAUUUUGUAAAAAAGAGAAAUAAGCUGGGAUUGGAAGACUGUCCAGUGUAUUUGUUUUGUGAAAGACUAGAUUAGCCUUGCGAAACGUCACCCUCCCAAGCUCCUCCCACAACCUUUUUGCGUUUACUGCACUUCAUUACGUUUUCUUUCUACGCGAUUAAUAUCAAAUGUCUUUCCAGUGGUCUCGUGCGUCCAUUUCUGUGCAUGCCCGUCCCGCAUUUGCCUUUUUAUUUAAUUUAUUGCUUUCUCUUGCGUAGUAUCUGCAGCUAUAUUAAUGCGAGAUUUUUGUUUAGCCUUUCACCAAAAAUAUUAUAAAAAUAACCAAGUAGACCAGUGGGUUAUGAUGGAGAAAGAUUGUUAACGACGUCAAACACAUUUCAUCCAUGCACUUUAGCAAAAACACAAAAUGCGAUAUGCUUGCAUCCACGGCGAAGAAUUGAACAACCUUUUCUUUUUUUUAAUUUGGGAGCAACAGAAUUUUGUGCUGAUUUGUAAAGCCUCCUUUGACCUGUUUCGUGUUAAAUGGCAGCUGUCGAAGUCAUGUGUACUGCUGUGAUCCUUCCUAAAACGCAAGACGGACGAAUUGCAUCCCGUGUUAUGAAAUAUUUUCACACACUCUUAUCUGUUGGCCGCAGAAUUGUUAACGGAUGCCAAUCUCUGCGCUCGUUCUCUGUACUUCCAUGAUUGCAGCAGCUGUUUCUCCUCAACAGCGCGCUGACUUAGCAGGCCAGCUAUUUUAAUGCGAGAAGCAUGAACAGAGUGAGCAUUCCUGCCCUGGCGGCCGUGGAUUGAGCUGUGCAGUUUGCUCUGUAGUGCGGCGAGGCACAAGGGCCCGAUUGUUGAGUCGUUUGCACGCCACUGCAAAUGUUAUUACAUCAGCAGAUCGUAUAGUGGAGAAAAACCCGUCGUUUGACGUUGUAACAUACAGCAUUGAGUGUUUUCUGUGCAACCUUAAAAAACAGGCCCCGAUUUGGCAGCCGAGCCUAAACGGCAAUAGAAAGCGUGACACAGCAGCUGUUGGCAGGACAUUCUUGCGUUUCCCCCCCCUCCUCAGCUGCUGUUCGGGUUGCUCCGCUAAACUGAGCAUUUGUAGACGGGAGGCACCAUUCGGGACUCGAGAGGGGGCUCAGUUGGCUUUACAACACGACUCACUGCUCGCUUUAGGAAGGAGAUUUGCCAUGUUUUUAGUACUUUGUGGUUACGCUGGCGUGUCUAAAUCAGCAGCGUUUGUGCAUUCAUUUUGAUUGCAUGUCCCAUCAGUACUAAUAGUGAAUGUGUCAUGUGGAAAAACUGAGACUAAUUGUUUCAAACAUGCAAAUGACAACAAAAAGCCAUUUGAAAGCAUUUUUUCUUCACUUUGAGGGACAGAUGCAUUAAAACCCUCUAGGCUGCUAAGCUUCAAAGUGGAGUUGAAUAUCGCAGCACUUUUUUUCGUUCGUUUAAAAUACGGAAUCGGGCACAAAUCUUUCGCAGAACACCAGAAAUGGACUUUCUUU